UGAUUCGGCUAUGUUCAUUGGCUCAUCGCUUGCAUUUACCAUCACAAGGGAGAAGCAAAUGAUAAGAGUGGGUGUAGUCAGUAUAGUUGUUUCGUUUCCGUCGUGCUGAAUGCGGUACGUGUGAGUUUGAUAUUUGAAAAGAAAAUUGGUUAAAAUGGGCGAUUCAUAUGCAAAUUAUGGCAUUUUGAUUCGAUCAGACAAUAGCAGUGAUCGUUUUAAAGGCGAGUGUAUAAGCCAACUUCUGCAAAUAUGCAAAGGAGGUAUAGCAAGGGUUGUGAAUGAUACGAAAUACGAUGGCUUUCGAAUAUAUUUCAAGAAUAAAGCUUCUGUAACUGCCGUUCUAAAUCGUCGAUCAUUAACCGUAUCUGGGCAUAGCAUUUUUAUGUAUCCCCUUAUAACCCAUCUCACUAUACAUAAUGUCGAUGCACACCAUGACGUACAGAAAGAUCUCUACGAGCAGUUGCAGAGCUGCCUAGGAUCAGUUCUGAAUGUAAGUGAAGUACCAUUAGAGAAACAUCCAGAAGUAGGCAGUGGAAAUUGGAGAGCUGUUCUUGAAAUACCUGAAGCUGAAGAUCUGGAAGUGUUUCGAAAAAAAGGGCUACCGAACGAAAUGUUUUUAAAAUUACCGUACUUGAAAGAUAAUUUGAAAGUUACUUUCUUCUGUUCCAAUUGUAAAAUGAAUGGCCAUGUUUUACAAAAGUGCACAAAGCAAGAUACUGUUCAAGAUUGUAUUACGGAGAAGAAAGUUUUAUCUUCGAAAGAAUUAAAUGAGGCUGCUAAAGCUGAACUACUUGGAAAUGUGCAGGUAUUUGCAAGCCAAGUUGGUGAAGAAGAAGUUAAACGGCAUUCUGAAGAGUAUUCAACUGUGGAUGUUCAGCAUUCCAAACGUAAGCGGCCUUCUGGACAGAAUUCAGGUAUUGACCUUACCAGUCGUAUUAAAAUAGAAUUGGAAGAUACUGUGCCAUUUAAAAGUAGUGCCAAUAAUGUAACUGCAAGUCAGUUUUCUAGAAAUAAUUCAGGUGAUGAUGUCCGUUUUGACUUACAUCCUAAAGCUAGCAGCACAACUGCAGAUGAUGAUGAGAUACAAGUGCUGUCCGACUGUCAGAUUGCUGACCAGGUGAAAAGAGCUACAAUAGAGACUACUUGGAGUAAUGCUGCACGAAAGAGAAAUUCAGAAGAUGAUCGCAACUCGUUAAAUGCUCCUACUUCUAGUCAGCCAGAAACCGUAACUCAGACAGCAAAUGCCCACUCAUCUAAUACUGCUGUAACCGAACCACCGACUCCAACACGUCGCAGGGCUCCUCCCGUCGGAAGGAUAGAGAUUCCCCCCAAUUCACGAGUUGAAGAAUGCAUCCGAGAAGCUGGCGGUAAGCUUUCGAAAUCUGAGUUGGAAGCAUUUUUUCAGCAUGUUAAAAAGAAGGGGAAUGUUUCGAAAAUUGCAAGGCAAUAUACUGAUGAUGUCAAAAGAUUGAAGGAACAGUUAAGUAGAAUUGUGCAUAUAUAUUACCACUCGCCAUUAACAGGAACGAAACAAGAUAGGGUUUUCAUGAAAUGGCUGCAACAGUUGGUCGAAAGAUUCGACGGCGUUCCUGUAAGCCGGAGAGAUAAAAAAGGAAGUCAGAACAUUCAACAAGAAAGUGGUUUCUUCUUUAAAAGUGAAACUGAGUACAGUAGUCAUUCCUUUGCAUCUGAAGGAGAAGCAUAAAAUACUCUUUCACGAUUUCUUUUCAUCUAACAAAGAUCCAUUCCAUAUUUUUCUUAAUGUCAGUUUCCCAUUGUGUAGUUUAGAGUUUUCUUCAUUUCCUUUUUGACCUAAUAAAAUGUAAUGAAAAAAAUUAUCUUUUUAUAAUAAAAUGUGUUUUAUAUAAAGA